AUGCCACAGCUUGCGUACGGAGUGGUGAGUGGAGACCCCGACCGAGGAAAUACAAGAUGCGGAUGGGGAAUCGAGAUGUGGACGGAGCAUCAAAAGGAAAAUCUCUCAAGUUCCUCGGCGUGGAGCAUGAGAAAGAAUAGCGGGCGCGGGCCGAUUGCAUUCAUUGGUGCGGUGGAGCACGUUUUAUCGAUGGAGUUCGAGUCCAGGAGCGGUGGAUGGAUGACUAUGGGAACCGAAAACGUGUGGCAAUGGCAGAAACCAUUUGUCCCCGUGCCAUCCAUUGCAACCAUUCACCGCUCGCACUCGCAUUCGCACUCUCUGUCGCUGUCGUUGUCGUUGUCGUUGUCGUAG